AUGACGGUAGACCGUGACCAGCACGUAGCUAUGGCAGCUAUGGCCAAUGGUGGAGAUGACAUGUAUCGUCUCUCCAAACGAAUAACAAGGAAGCUAAGGCAUCAAGGAAGGGAUCUCCAAAUGAGACUCGAUGGGUUCGUGGAGAUUUCUACGUUGAGCGCUCGAAUGGGAGAGCCUCAGGAGCGGGUAGAAGCGGCCGGUCAUGACAACCGUCGCCUUCAGUGUCUCGGUCUCAAACACGUUUGGCACUGGGCCAGCUGCAGUGAUGCCUCUUGA